GUCAUCGCUGGGGGCGAGCACAGCCUCUUGCUCUUCAGCAACGGCUCCGUCCUCGCGUGGGGAAGCAAUUCCGACGGUCAACUAGGGCUGCCCCCCUCCUGCUCCGAUGCUGCUGGGCACCUCUUGCAAGGGCUGCCUGCCAUCGUGUCGGUCGCUGCCGGGCAUCGUCACUCGCUCGCUCUCACUGCUGACGGGUCGGUGUACGCGUGGGGAGCCAACGUGCCCGGGCAGCUGGGAGACGGGUCCCUAGAGUCCACCUGGAGGCCCACCUGCGUGCUCAGCUCCCGAGGAAGUGAGCGAGUCGUGCGCGUUGCGGCAGGGCGGGCGCACAGCAUGGCGCUGCUGAGCAACGGGACGGUGAUGGCCUGGGGAUGGGAUGCUUUCGGGCAGCUGGGCCAGGAGGAGCCGCAAGGCGCUGCUCUACGACCUCGUGCUGUCGCGCUGCCGCAGGGAGUUCGAGUCUGCCAGAUCGCAGCUGGAGGCGUGCACUCGCUGGCGUUGGACGAGAAGGGGCAGGUGUGGGGAUGGGGAGGAAACGGCUGCGGGCAGGUGGGGGAGGGGAGGGUCUCCUACAGCUCUCGACCGGUGGUGGUGCUGGAGGAGGCGAGCAGCAUCGCAGCUGGAGCUUCUCAUUCUCUCGCGGUUGCUCGAGGAGGGCUCUAUGGAUGGGGCAGCAACGCAAACGGAGAGCUGGGGGAUGGU